UAGUCUGUUCUUUUCAGUUUAAUCUCUGAAACGUGACUACGGUCACAUUCAAGAUUAUUCUUAUUUUUGUAAACAGUGGACGGCUCCCUAGGCUUGCUUAUAGUCGUCCUCACAGUGUCGUCCGUAUCGCACUACCUCGGACUGACGCGAACUUUUUCAUCGAGUAUUCUGGAUAGCUCCUGUCGCUUGAGGAAGAAGAUAGUCGUGGUCGUAAAUUUUCAAUACCAGUAACAAUACGCUCAACAACACGCAACAAUACACUCAACAAUGCGUAUCCCUGGUCUUUCCCCUAUCUCCUGCAUGGGCUGCGCCUCACGACACGUCAGCUCAAUAUACGUGCCAACGAAUGAUUGGCAUAUGCGUUUAUCCGUAAUCCCGCUUGUAUCAUCUCGAACCAUAUCCACACGCAUUGACAGUGAUAUCCAAUAUCGCAGUGGAGAUGAGUCAAUUAUCUCCAAUUAGAUGAGACGUAGAAGCGCCAGGUUUGCCUCUUAUCUCGGUUAGCUCUUAGCGAAGCGUUUUAUUGGCCAUAUCGCCGUAACACGAUACUUUUAUGCUCCCG